UCUUUGAGCUAUCUUUUGACGUUUGUUUGCUCAAACCAACCUUCACAGCAACACCAUGGCUCGUUUCGGCAGACAGAAACAACGCUUAGCAGAGGCGGCCAAUGGCAGGUCAAGAUGGACAGAACGCCCCCUAAGUUCGCCACAUCCUUUUGUCACUGUGGCAUUGUUGGUGGUUGCGUUAUUUCAACAGUCUCAGUUUCUAGGCCAGAUUGCUCUUGCGAAGACAAUCAAUGGAGGCGGCCAAAAGGCAGUUGAAUCAUCUUCAAAAACAACAGUUGCAGGUGGUGGUUUUGAAGAUGAUUCAACUGUGACACCACCUGCAACUGCUUCUGCUGCAACUACGGAUCCGGAGAUUGCUCUUGCGAAACCAACAACCGGAGGCAGUCUAAAGGAAGUCGAAUCAUCUUCAAAACCACCCCCUUCUACUGCAACACAACCUGAAACUAUAACAGCACCAGCAACUGCUUCUACUGCCACAUCCAAGAAUUGGUGGGAAAAGCCACAACCGCUUCUGUUGGACUGGCCUGAUUUGCCGGUACGAAAUGACAUUCACCAAUAUCUAGAGCUCCUCAAAUUGAAGCGAGGUGCCGAAGUUGGUGUUCAAAAAGGUCUAUUGGCUCGAAAGACUUUGAAAACCUGGAAAUCAUGUGAAGAGUAUGUGCUGAUUGAUCUCUGGGGAAAUGAAGCAGGAUAUAUUGAGCCAGGUCCUGAUACCAACGCCUACAAACAAGCACAUCUGAGCAAUGCCCGGCGAAUUCUAAAGCCCUAUGAGAAUAUCACCCAUUUCUACGUCAUGAGAUCCACAGAUGCUGCCAAAAAGUUGAAAAAGGGUUCCUUUGACUAUGUUUAUAUUGAUGCCAGACACGAUUAUUGUGCUGUAGCAGAAGAUAUUGAGCACUAUUGGCCCACAUUACGGCCAGGUGGGAUCAUGGCAGGACAUGACUUUGUGGAUGCACAAUAUGCGAUCGAUCGACUGGGGCCAGUGGAAGACUGGUCCAAGUGUGAGGAUGGGAGUCAUCAACCGAGGGCUGUGCGGGGGGCAGUGGAAGAUUUUGCAAAGGAACACAACCUGAAUAUCAAAACAACACAAGAGGGCUUUCCAACGUGGUUGAUUCAAAAACCCUACUGAGUUUAGAGAAACAAUGUGUCAUAUAUUCGAUUCUGCUAUUUCCAACACUGCGAGGCUUUUGUUGGGUACUCAAAGUCAAUCCGCACGAUUCUGUUGGGAGAACAGAGCCUCCAAUCAUGACAUGAAACACUAAAUGGCUGAAUUUGAGAAACAGAUAGGCACAUAUGGCUGCCAAUCCCCUCCCCUUCAACCCUUGCACAAUCCUCCCAUCCCUACCAGCAUCACUAUAAGAUGUAAGCGCUGUUAAUUCAAUAGCACGUCACAUGGAUCCUUCUCCAAGUGUUCUGUCAUGAGUGUGUUGAUUUCUACCUUGGUUUGUGAGCAACCAAACGAACCAACCCCGGGCCAACUUUCAGGUGAUGACGCACUGGUUGACUGCUCAGCCAUCGCCUUCCCUAAAUGUAGCCUAACUAGCUAGUUAGCACGAUAUCUAUCUGUGUUUUU